AUGCAGCAGCCAUGGAAGCUGCGCGUUCUGGCGCUAUGCUUGGCGACAGGAUUGUCUGGUGUUUCUGCUCAAGACUUCACCACAUCUACUUAUGACACAACCACCGGCACUGAGACUUCCACUGAUGCUGGCUUUCCCAUUGUUGAGCCUGCUCCUUCUACCGAGGUCGCUUUACCAGAGACUACUUCGGCGCCAUACGUUGAAGGUCCUGCUUCAUCAGCGACUUCGGAAGCUCAGGUUGAGAUCCAGCCUACCUCAGCAGACAAGGAGGUGUCCACAGGCUUUGCUGUGUUCCCCAAUCCUGAGUCAACUCCGCUUGUUGAGUCUGCUUCGGCAGAUGUCCCUCAACCUUCUACUGAGACUCAACCCGAAGUUGUUGUUCCCAGCACUGAGACACAGCCUCUUGAGGUCGGCACCCCCACCGACAUCAGCAUCCCCAUCAACACUGUCACAGGGUCUGUCGAGACUGUUGAUGCCACCACUGGCCCAGUGGAAGCUCCCACCGAGCCUGCACAGUCUGGUCCUGCCCAGGAUGCCUCAACUGAGCAGUCUCAGCCCAUAGUCGAGAGUACUACAGACGUUCUCCCACCUGUCGUCCCCGAGUCGACCCAGUCUGCCGAGCCUACAUCCCAAGCCAUCGAGCAGCCUCCUGUAGUUUCUUCCGGCUCAACUGAAGCCGUUGAACCUACCCAGGAGGAACCCGCUUCUGAGCCCACUACCGAGACUUCUGCUGAGGUCUCUCUGCCUGCCGAGCCCACCACUCAGCCACAAGAACCUCCAACACAGGAGACCACCACUGAGGAGAAGCCUCAAGAGUUUUCCACUGAGUCUGCUCCCAUUCCUGCGGAGCCUACAACUGAGGAGGAAGCCCCUCAAGAGACUACUGAGAAGGAGGCUCCCAAGGAGAGCUCCGAGCCCGAGGCGCCUGAGCAGACUUCCCAGUCUCAGGAGCCUGCCGAGCCUACACAAGAUGGUCCGGACCCUAAGCCUACGGAUGCGGACGAGGCUCCUUCUUCCGACAACCAGCCCGGUCAAACUUCCGCUCCCGAUGAGCCCAAGCAGACCACAGCCAACCCUGAUCCAUCACCCACCGAGGAUGGCAUUGUCACUGGCACCAACGGCGCUGUCGUGACCUACGUCCCUGAGCAGGACAAGGACUUCUCCGACUUCACGGGUACUACCACCACCACUGAUGAUGGCGGUGCUGCUAUUGUCCUCUUCCCCGGUGGUUGGUUCUGGAAGCCCUCUGGUAACCUUCCCGCCGGUAUCAUUCCCCCUCCUCCACCCACUAUCCCCGGCCCUCCUGGCGGCGGCGCUGGUGGCAGUCCCGGUGGUAACGAAGAUGGAAACAAUGAUGAGGAUGAGGAUGAUGACAAGCAGUCUACCAAGAAGGAGGAGAAGUCCACCACUGAGCAGACAACCGCCAAGUCCACUGAAGCCACUACCACCUCUACCGAGGGAUGCUCUGCUGUUGAGAUUGAGGAUUGCACACGCACCAUCUCCUACUUCACCACUGAUGGAACUCUUACUCACACUGAGUUCGGUGAUUGUCCUACGAUCGCUAGCUGCGCUACUGGCACUCAAGCUACUGCUACUACAACCGUCUCUGCUGAGGUUGAAGAGGGUGUUGAGAUGCAGAUCGAUGAGGCUGACAUUGACAUUCCUGACAACUUCAAUGAUCCCGUCUCUGAUGACACUGCCUCGAGAUUUGAGGAGGUUAUGGAUGAGUACUGGGGUGAUGCUACAUCUGCUGGUAUUGAGACUACCGCUGAAGCUACCACUACCGCCGAGUCAACUGAGACUACCAGCGAGACCAAGGCUGAGGAGACUACUCCUGCUGAGUCUACCACUGAAGCUAAUACCGAAAACACCACUUCCGUCCCCAGCACUCUCAUCACCAAGACUCGCACAACCGAGUCCUCUGACGAAUCCUCUGGCACCACUUCUGAUGGCACUUCCUCUGACACCAUCACCUCCAUGAUCUCAAGUACUGAGGUUCCCACAACCACAACAUCUACCCAGCGCACUUACUAUCCCUGUGUUCCCCACGGUGGUCCCCGUGUCGAGAAUCCCUACUGUGCCUGCGAGACCACCAGCGACGGCAAGCAGCUCGUCGCAACUGCCCCAAUGGUUUCCUACGCCUGUGACAUUUACACCGAGUUCCCCAUGAGCCUCUAUACCACUCCCCCUCCCGCUCCCACACCCACCGUCUUCAACGAGCCUUACACCCAAACUGAUGCCGGCACUGUUCUCGUCUGGCAAUCGUACUCCCUCCGUGAGUGGAAGAUUAUGAGCCAACCCAUCACCAACACCAUCGGUCUCGGUCCGGCAUCCACCGUCUCUACUCCCGUCCCCACCGCGACCGACACCAACGGCUCCGGUUCAAGCAUCUGUAGCAGCAGUGACAAGAACGUCCGCAACGCCCUCUCCAGCGCUUGCGACAAGGCCAUCAACCAACUAGAGGACGACAAGGUGUAUGACAAGUACACCGGCCGUUACGAGCAGAUGGGCAGUAUUCUCAAGACCCUGACCUUCGGCAAGGCUAGCUGCAUUGUUCAAUUCUCUUGUGAUGACUACGGUAUUGGAAUGAAGGGCAGCGACAUCAAAAAGCUGCGUGAGGAUCAUCGAGAGGAUAUGCAAGAACAAAUUGCCGCCGACCCGGACUUUGACUCUGCUCUCGAGGUUCCGCUGGAGGACCCUUCAACGUCGUCACUUCGAUCCAGUCUCCUUCAGUUCGCUCAAGAGAAUGGACGUACAUACCACAAGCUCAGCGAAGGCAAGUACGCGUUCCCGAAUGAUGAUGCUGAGAAUGAUAGACUUGAUCUACAGGACAACCUGUACCUAAUUACGCUGGAUGGAAAGAGAGCUCUUAACCCUGGCGCCGAUACUGCCACUAGAGUGCUGGAUAUGGGUACUGGCACAGGUCUUUGGGCUUUGGAGUUCGCUGAUGAGCAUCCGGCUGCUGAGGUGAUUGGUGUUGACCUGAGCCCGAUUCAGCCUCCCUUUGUGCCUCCUAACUGUACCUUCGAGAUCGACGACCUCGAGAAGGACUGGACUUGGAAGAAACCAUUCGACUUUAUCUUCUCCCGCAUGAUGACUGGCAGCUUCAGCGAUCCUCAAGCUAUGGCGCACAAAGCCUACGAAGGCCUCAGCCCAGGAGGCUGGUACGAGAUCCAAGACAUCCAAAUCCCCGUCCUCUGCGACGACGCAACCCUCGACCCCGCCACAUCCCCCUUGAUGAAAUGGCAAGAAGGUCUCAUCCAAGGCUCCCGCAAAAUCGGCCGCCCCCUCGGCGAAAGCGACAAGUACAAAUCCAUCGUCGAGAAGGCAGGCUUCCAGAACGUUGUGGAGACCAUUUAUCGCUGGCCUACCAACAGCUGGCCCAAGGACGCCAAGCUCAAGGAGCUUGGGAAGUGGAACCUUGUCAACUUUGAUGUUGGGCUUGAGGGGGUGAGCUUGGCGCUUUUUACGAGGGUGUUGGGGUGGUCGAAGGAGGAGGUUUUGAAGCUUUGUGCUGAUGUCAGGAGGGAGUUGAGGGAUCCGAAGGUUCAUGGGUAUUGGAAGAUUUAUGUUGUUUAUGGGCAGAAGCCGGAAGAGAAGAAGGACUAG